AGUGAAAUUUCGACCAGCAUAUGAAGAUCACGCUAUUCUUACUGAGAAAGUCGAGGGAUUCUCAGAACAGUACGUUUGCCCCAAGAUAAAUAGAGACAUGCUCCACAAAGAAGAAUUCAAAGUUCGAGAAAUGAUUGUUCUUUCGGAUAGACGCGCUCAAACAUUCUUUGAGAAACUGCAUAUCGUCACGAGAAACCCACCAGGAAUAUCCGAGUUCUGCACUGACGAUUUGGCUGAUGAUCUGCUUCGUGUUGAAUGA